AUGAAUGUGGUUGCUAAAUUCAAGACUGAUCAUUGUCAUGUGUUGAUGUAUAAUGCGGCAUAUGCUUUUAGGAAAUUCGAGUUCCACACUAACUUCGAAAAAAUCAAAUCAAAAGACCCAGCCAUUGCUCAAUACCUAGAAGGCAUGGGUUUUGAUAAGUGGUCCCGUGCUUACUUUCCUGGAAAUAGGUAUAAUAUAAUGACAAGCAAUUACGCUGAAAGUUUCAACAAUAAGACCCGGGACGCUAGGAGCUUUCCGAUAACUACAUUCGUCGAAUUUAUUCGCUUCACACUACAGUCCUGGUUCUGUGAUAGGAGAGAAACUAGCGAGAAGACAACUACAACUCUUGCACCGACCUAUGAGAAAAUUUUGGUGGAUAUGGCUGAGAAAGCUCGAUUCUUGAUUCCUUAUGCAAUAGGGAGGCAUGAGUUCCAUGUGUUAGAUGGUGAGCUGAAUGGUGAAGUCGACCUCCUGAAUAAGACAUGCACAUGCGGCGUGUUUCAGAUUAUUGGUAUCCCAUGUGCUCAUGCACUAUCUGGAUCCCUUAAGCGAGGGGUAAACUUUUAUUCGCUGUGUUCAGAUUACUAUAAAAUUGAGACAUGGAGGUCCUCUUACACAGAAUCUAUAUAUCCUACUGGUAACGAGGAAGAGUGGAUUGUUCCACAUGACAUUAUGACAAUAACAGUGAGAACACCUGCGCAGAAAAACCCGGUUGGUCGUCCAAAGAAGAAACAAGGUAGGCCUAAGACGAAACGCCAUCAUUCCAAUGGAGAUAAAUUGGUUGUUCCACGCAAGUGCAACACUUGUGGAGGUCUAGGCCAUAAUAGGGCAACUUGUAAAGUUCGUGUUUGA